AUGGACGGCCUACCAAGCAGUGCGAAUCACUAUGCAUUCCUUAACCAUUCACCCAACACACUACCACACAAUCUACCACCAGACCUCGACGACAGGCCGCUGGGCCGCCAGAAGCGGAAGAGGACUAGUCCCGAUGACCAAGCAGCUCUUGAGGCUGCUUACAAGCUUGACCCGAAGCCCGAUAAGGCAGCACGUCUGGAACUGGUAAAGAGGGUGGCAUUGGGCGAGAAGGAAGUGCAGAUAUGGUUUCAAAAUCGACGUCAAAGCUCUAGGCGGAAGUCACGGCCACUCUUACCACACGAGAUUGUCCAGUAUCAGCUUGCUCGACAAGGGUCUUUCUCUCAAGAUCCAAACAUGAGCUUCAUGAGCUCGCAGUCUGUGAGCGUGGAGGACGAGAGCGAGGUGGUAGAAGACAAUGCUCAGCGCCAGCUUCAAGUCGAGGGCGAAAUUUACAACACAGGCUUAGCAGCAAACGUGCCAAGCCCUGCCACUGCUGAGUCCGUACCAAAACAGUCUGUGGGUAACAACUCCCCUGCUAUCAGCUUGUCCGGCAGUGUCGAACACACUACUGAGGUCAGCUUGAUUGCAUCUGCAAAGGAUGCUUCACCCACGAAUCAGUUGCCGGCAAUUCUUCAGCAUGUUGAGCACCCUGUCAGCAUUUCAGCCGUGCCACGUGCUACACCCGGACCUCCGCAGAGCAUAUUCACUGCAGCCCUCCCAUCUACGAUAGAAUCCAGCAAACGACUAAAGAAGUCGCGAUCCUUUGUGAGGCUGUCUAUGUCCUCGGAUGGAAGAGCAUCCAUCUCCACCCAGAACACGCUAUCACCGUCGCCACCACGACCACGUCCCCAGGUGCAUCUGGUCGACUCCAGCCGUAAACAGCAGCAAAGCGCACAUAUUCCCGAAGGUGGCCAGAGCUCACCAUUCGUCAGUCACUCAGCCCUGCAGCGAUCAAGCAGCGGACGAUCUCGUGAUAGCCGUGCAUGGGAGUUCUGGUGCGACAAGGACUCGCGGACGGAGCUGGAGACCCAAGCUGAGAAAGACUCGAGUGGUUCAGCUGCUGACGCCAUUGGUCUGUUGAGGUCUGCUUCUGGAAGAAGUGUUCUGGGCACCAUUCCGUCGAAGCGAAACUCACUGCUCUAUGGCAGACCUUCGGAUGCGAAGCGGUCGAAGCUAUUGGAUGAGAACCGGCCACGUUUGAAAAGGUCUAGCACUUCCCUCCGACGGCUGCAGGGUGAUAAGCACACUCUCAAAAGUGUCAAGGGCGGGCCAGGACUCAAGCACGCUAAGUCUGCGGUGUCAACAUCCAUACCGGCCAACGAUUCUGACAAGGAGAAUUGGUCGCCUGAAGGAGAUCGUCCGCUCGCUCACCCUUCAGCACUGUCAAGGACAUCUGGCAAUGCAGGCAGUCGGCGUAGGAGCAAAUCGAAUCUUGGACGCAAAACGCUUGACGAGAACGCGGACCCGGAGGCUGACCCAGAGCUGGCAGCUUUCAUGCGUAGUGGACGGCAGAGUAACAGUAUGUCGUCUGAAGAGGACAUGGACUGCGUGCAGGGUCUUUUGUCCUUGAGUCAGGGCAACUGGAAGUAA